CCACGAUGUCAUUUGAAGACGAUCUGGAAAGAUGUGUGAAAACGUAAAGCAAACGACAGCUAGUAAUUUUACAUCUUUUGGGUUUAACAAGAAGAUCAACAACAAAGUUGUCAAGGGUAAAGUGCUACACGAUGAAGAUCAACGCAAGGAUGACACAGAACUCGACUACGUUACGUCGGUCGAGGAGAGUAAAGUACACAGUACAAAGGGUGACAAGUUAGAACCAGGUGAACUUGUCAUACCUCUGAUACGAACAAACAACUGGAGGCAGCGAUUAGAUGGAGGGCUGAACGGUGCUGCCCCCCAGAAGCAGGAGCAGCAGCUCGACGAUCUCUCGGCACAGGCAGUGAAGGAGCUUCUAAAAGAAGCGAAGCAGCUGAACGAGGGCUGGGACGAGCGGACAGAGGGCGCCGCUGACAUCGCCGCCAUCCCCCUCCUCAUGAAGAACAAGGUCCCCGAAGGAUUCGAGACUGACGACCGACUCGAUGUGUCCAUACGGCCGGAGUCGGCGGCGCCGGCGGACUACGACCAGGUUCCCAUAGAGGAAUAUGGAAAGGCGAUGUUGCGGGGAAUGGGAUGGAAGCCAGGUGAAGGCAUCGGGAAAGGAAACAAACAAGUGGUGCCCCCUGUUGAGGCGGUGCUCCGACCGAAGGGUAUGGGACUCGGAGCCGACCGCAGGAUGAUCGAGAAAUCUCUGAACACGAAGCCGAAGAAAAGGAAGCCAGGAGACGCGGCGGUCGCCGACGACGACGACGUGCUCCGGAAGGGAUGCUGCGUCGUGGUGACGAAGGGCGUGCACCAGGAUCUUUACGGCAAGUAUGGACAUGUGGAGGGCGUGGACGAGGACAACGCGAGGUUCGUCGUGAGACUUGCUCUCGGCUCUCAGGUCAUCACCAUCUCUCAGUUCCAAGUCAAGGUCGUCGGUCAGAAGGACUACGACAAAUACUCCAAGUACAUCAAUAAAAGGAGGCGAUACAAGGAGGCGAAGGAGGCAGAGAGACUGAGAAAACCCCAGGAGGAGGAGGUCAAGGGUCACGGAGAGCGGUCGUCGUCUCGUCACGGGUCAGACGACGCGCAGGGAUCGCGGUCAAGUUCAAACGGAGACGCUGGGUCGCAAAAACGAAAGCACGACGAUAGAGACAGAAAGGAGGCGUCUCACUCACGCAGCAGAAAUCCCUCCUGGCUCCAUCCACAGAUCAGAGUGAGGUUCAUAGACAAGCAGUACCAGAAGGGAAAGUUCUACAACACGAAGCACAUUGAACGCAUUUCAGACGUGCGACAGUCGAUGGUGGAGACUGUGGUGCCGCGUCACGAGUCCGCCCACGUCCUGGUCGUCAGCGGAAAAUACAAGGGGAAGAUCGGCGCGGUGUUGUCACGGGACAAGAGCCGGAGCGAGGCAACCGUACAGUUCCUGCUGGAGCGGGACUGUGUGAAGGCGCUAGACUACGAUGCGAUAUCUGAAUACGUCGGCGAGACGAGCGACCUCUACUGAGGAACUACGCACGUCGACUUGUGUUUCUGUUUAGUACAACGAGAAAGACAGAGAAGGAAGGAAGGGAUGGAUGAAGAGUGAGAUAGAGAGGGAGAAGAAAGGGAUGGAGA